UGGAAGGUUGUCAGAAAGCCUCAGCAGCUGGUCGGUACCGCGGCUAAUUAACACGCAGCCCGUUUACUCUCUCUCUCUCUCUCUCUCUCUCACACACACACGCAGAGCUCCUCCGGGUUCCCUGAGGACUUCCGUGCUGCGUGUCCCCGCACUCGGACAGAGCACCGCAACCUGUUUCCUCCAUUUCCCCCUCAACACCCCCGUUUAUUUUUUCUUCCUCUUCUUCUUAAUCUUCAUCCCUCGGCUCCAUCUGCCGACAGACACGAACUGCAGGAUGACAACACAUUUCAGGAGCGGUCCGGCUUUUGGACUUUCCGCCGAGGUCAAGAGUAAGCUGGCUGGGAAGUACGACCCACACAAGGAGGAGGAGCUGAGGCUGUGGAUCCAGGACGUGACCGGCAAACGAAUCGGAGAGAACUUCAUGGAGAGUCUGAAGGAUGGAGUCUUGUUGUGCGAACUUAUUAAUGUUCUACAGCCAGGUUCAGUGAGGAAGAUCAACCACUCUAGUCAGAACUGGCACCAGCUGGAAAACAUUGGGAAUUUCGUCCGCGCCAUCACGGAAUACGGCCUGAAGCCGCACGACAUCUUUGAGGCCAACGAUCUGUUUGAGAACGUCAACCACACGCAGGUUCAGAGCUCCCUCAUUGCCCUGGCCGGAAUGGCCAAAUCCAAAGGUUUCCACUCAAAGUACGAUCUGGGCGUCAAGUACGCCGAGAAGCAGCAGCGGUACUUUGCUCCCGAGAAGCUCAGGGAAGGACGGAACAUCAUAGGCCUGCAGAUGGGCACCAACAAGCUCGCUAGCCAAAAGGGCAUGACCUCCUACGGUACGCGACGCCAUCUUUACGAUGCCAAGAUCGCCAUGGAUACCCCAGUGGACCAGUCCACCAUCAGCCUACAAAUGGGCACCAACAAGGGGGCCAGUCAGGCUGGCAUGAUGGCACCAGGAACCAGGCGGCACAUCUUCGACAAGAAGCUGCAGCUGGAGAAAUGCGACACCUCCACCAUCUCCCUGCAGAUGGGCACCAACAAGGUGGCCUCCCAGCAGGGCAUGACCACCUACGGCCUGCCCCGCCAGGUCUACGACACCAAAUACUGCGCCAACGCCGUGGACACCUACAACAACGGCAGCGAGGUCGAGUUCGACGGCUACAACCAGUACUCUGACUAAAGAAGCCACGCCCCCUCCACAGCUGUCUCCGUGACGAGCGAAGCCUCCAGACUCUGAAUGACGUCGUGGCGUCAUUAGCUCCCCCGAUCGUUUCUUUCUUCUUUUUUUUCCCCAAACAUGUUUUUACGGCAAAGGAUUUUAUAUUUUUGCUUUUCCAUGAGCACGAGAUAAAAUAAAAUGUUUACACUGGCCUCGCAAAACAAAAAAAGGUCAUACUGUGGCUGACUUCUGUUGCCGUGGUUACUAUUUGUAGAAAAUGUCCACAACGCACAAAGAAGUUGAGAUGUAUUGAUCUUUGCUAUUUAUAGUUUUUUUUUUUUCCUUUUCAUUUUACCGCUUUUAUUUUUAUUCACAGAUUUUAACUCUUGACACCCUUGACGUCUCGCUGUUGCCUUCCAAACAUGUUUGAACACUGAUGGGAGUAGAAUCAGGAAGUCGGUGCUGUUGAACUUUGACCCAGCCACAUUAAAAGUUCCGCAGGCUGGAAGGAAAGUUUGGGAAGUGAAAGUCGGCGCCACGGAUUGAGCUGCAAAACGACAGACGCCGAUCCAGCGACGUUGGCCGUCAAACGGCGCUGGACCUGUGCGCUUUGUCAGCGGCUUCCGGGGAAGCAUUCGGAACGCCUUUCAGUCACGACUGUUCACCACUUUCACAAAGCAACACGCGUCUGUAAUGUUGUGUAGUCAGAGGUGUGGAGAACAAAUUUAUCAGCAGUUUCUUGUAUUGCACGCAAGUCCACUUAAGUCACCCUUUGUGCUUUUGCCAGAAGUUUCCUUUUUGUUUUAGUUUAGGUGUUGUUGCUUCACUUGCACUUGAGGUUUUGCGCAGAAAAUGGCGACGGAAUGUCACGAGCUACAAUUGUUCAGAAAUGACGAAUGAUUCAGUAUCACUACAGUGGCGACCCGGUAAACGCAGUUAAAAGAACCACAACCGUUAGCAUUUUAUUAAAACCUGUGAAUAACUGAGGCUCCUCUCAAAAGUUUAUCACCAAGGACGCACCGAUUGCAAUAUUUUUGGCCGGUCACCGACCGUUAAGAAGCCUGGCAACUUUUUUUCCCCCCUCUAAACGUAGCUAUAAAGUUAUUAAGUUAGCAACAGUAAGCGCGUGAGUGCCUAUGUGACAGAGUGGGCAGAUUUCCGUCUGCACUGUCACUGCAGGGAAAUGGAGAAAAGGGCUGAUUUUUAGGCCUUUACGGAUGUAAAUAAGACCCAAACCUUUCUUCCGAUAACCCAAAAUUCUGAAAAUCAGUCGGCUUUAUCAAUGCACCCCAAUUUAACUGCCUUUUUUAAUAGUUCAAAAACCAAAUAUAACUUAUAUUAUUUUGAAUUUCUCAGAUGUGCUCUACAAAGAAGUCAACAAGUAGCCGAUUAAUUUGGUUGUUUCCUGAAAACAGAAAUCUGUUUGAUGGGUGGAUCUGUGAAUACCGGUCCUCGAUUAGGCCGGCGCGCAGACCUUGGUAAUAUCCAAUGACAUAAAAACAGUUUCUCCAGUCUAAUGAAUAAUUAUGAAGCAUCGUUUUGCUUGAGACGUAGAUCAGUCAACUUGGUGUUGAUGGAUGACUUUCCCCAGUCACUGACGUCUUGUCCCUGCUGUCCUCUGUGGAAUCUGGAGGGUUUAUUGGCCAGUGGCUGGACAACAGUGUCAGGAUAUGUCUGGAGGAAAACGAGCAGGUAGUGGGAAGAACGUGCCACCAUUCUCAAAUCUGAUUGGCUUAUAGACGAAGGCUGAGUACCAGCAGUAGCAACUAAUGGGAAAAUAAAUUGGGCCAAGCUGCUUGCUAAAACUCAGCAAAAUAAAGAAAUGUUUAUGAUCAUUGUCACUUUAUUGUAAGGUUGCAGAUGCCACUCAUCAUUGCGCUAUAUUAUCCAAUCAGCUGUAACUAGUUUGCAGUUCAGAUUAAUUGGCAGUAUGACUAAUGGAAGUGCGCCAUCUAGUGUCGCUUGCGUGACAUCAAUCCACCACUUUUAUAAUUAAAUUUUUUUUAUUUUGUAUUUACUGAUUUAAA